CCGACAUCCGGUGCCAGGAGUGCGAAGUCACUCUCUUUCUCGUUUCUGAUCAGCCAGUUGUAUUCUUUGGGGUGAAGUCGAGGACUGUGCCUCGAGUCAUCUCUUCUAUGCAAGCUAGGAAGAGCCUUUCCAAGGGUAGCUGCCAAGGCUAUCUUGUUUCUAUGGUGUACGAGGAUGAUUCCGAGCGGACUCUGGAGCGAGUUUCUAUUGUUUGCGAAUUCCUUGAUGUUUUUCUCGAUGAGCUGCUUGGAGGACCACCCGACUGCCAAGUGGAGUUCACCAUUGACUUAGUACCGGGAGCUGGCCCCGUGUCUAAGGCACCUUACCGUAUGGCGCCGAAGGAGCUUCAAGAGCUUAAGGCCAAAAUCCAAGAAUUGCUUAGGCUCGGUUUUAUUCGACCGAGUGUUUUGCCGUGGGGUGCGCCCGUUGUAUUCGUGAAGAAGAAAGACGGAUCCAUGCGUAUGUGUAUUGACUAUCGGGAGCUGAAUACCCUUACAGUCAAGAAUAAGUACCCCCUUCCUCGAAUUGAGGAUCUCUUCGACCAACUGAGAGGAGCCAGCAUCUUCUCGAAGUUCGAUUUGCGGUCUGUCUAUCAUCAGCUGAAGAUCCGGGAGUCGGACAUUUCUAAGACUACUUUCCAUACCCGCUAUGGCCACUAUGAGUUUGUAGUCAUGCCGUUUGGACUCAGCAAUGCCCCAGCAGUUUCUAUGGACCUUAUGAACAGGGUCUUUCAUCCUUUCUUGGACCAGUUUUUCAUUGUGUUUAUCGACAACAUCCUAGUCUAUUCCCGAUACAUCGACCAUCACAAGGAGCAUCUAAGGAUUGUGCUGAAAACCCUUCGCCGCGAGAAGUUGUACGCAAAAUUUUCGAAGUGCGAGUUCUGGUUAGACCGUGUGGCGUUCCUUGGCCACAUUGUCAUAGCUCGAGGCAUUGAGGUGGAUCCUAGCAAGAUCGAGGCGGUGAGCAAGUGGGAUACGCCAAGAAGUGCCGUUGACGUUCGUAGUUUUCUGGGGUUAGCAGGAUACUACAGAAGGUUUAUCGAGGGCUUCUCGAAGAUAGCCCAGCCACUAACCAACCUUACGAAGAAGGCUAUGAGGUUUGAUUGGAGUCAGAAGUGCGAGGAGAUUUUCCAGGAGUUGAAGAGGAGACUCACUACCGCGCCUGUCCUAUCCAUACCUGACCAUACUUUGGAGUUCACGAUCUAUAGUGAUGCUUUGAAGAUGGGCUUGGGUUGUGUUCUCAUGCAGCAAGGGAGAGUCGUAGCCUAUGCUUCGAGGCAGCUGAAGCCUCACGAGCAGAACUACCCCACCCAUGAUCUUGAGUUAGCUGCAGUCGUUCACGCCUUGAAGAUUUGGCGGCACUACCUCUACGGAGGCAAGUGUGAGAUUUUUACCGACCACAAGAGCCUAAAAUACAUAUUCACUCAAAAGGAGAUGAACAUGCGACAACGUAGGUGGUUGGAGCUGGUCAAGGAUUAUGACUGCAUGAUUAGCUACCAUCCUGGAAAAGCUAACGUAGUUGCCGAUGCCCUUAGUCGAAGGAGUUAUGGCCAGCUGUCUUGUCUAUUCACCGGGCAAAAUGUUCUGCUUCGGGACUGGGGUGUGUUGACCGCCUUGGUUGUGGGACCGACUCUUCGUGGGAGGAUAGUCGCCGAGCAGCCGAAUGACCGUUUUCUGUGCCGGAUGAAGGAUUUGGCAUUUAAUGGUCAGAUUGGUGGAUUCACAGUUGCAACCGACGGAGCUUUACUCUUCGAGGGUAGACUUUGUGUUCCGAUGGUUUGGGAGCUGCGAAAGGAGAUUCUGAGAGAGGCCCAUAGUGCCUCGUACACCGUUCAUCCUUGUAGCACGAAAAUGUACCAGGACUUGAGGAAGUCUUUCUGGUGGCGAGGCAUGAAGAGGCAGGUAGCGAGGUUCGUGGAUGGAUGUCUGGUGUGUCAGCAAGUGAAGGCUGAGCACCAGAAACCGAGAGGGUUGUUGAGGCCCCUUGAGGUUCGCAUGUGGAAGUGGGAGUGCAUCACCAUGGACUUCUUGGUGGGAUUGCCUAGAUCGAGGUCCGCGUAUGAUUCUAUUUGGGUGAUCGUGGAUCGACUCACGAAGUCUGGCCACUUUCUGCCAGUUCGGACGACCAUGAAGGCGAGUAAUUACGCCGAAUUUUUCGUCAAGGAU